AUGAACGCCUCCGAUCCAGUCGAUGUGGCCGAGAUUGCCAAGUCCAAGGCCAUCUCUCAAGUGGGCAUCAACGAGAAGGAUGAGCUAAAAAUUGAACAAGCUCCUGUUCAACAGGGAACAUUCUAUUCGGAGGAUAAAGUCGACAGAGAAUACCCGAGUCAAGAUGAUCUACGCAACCUUCGUCGAGUAGCGGGCAAGGUUCCCUGGCCUGCAUACACCGUCGCCUUUGUGGAACUUUGCGAGCGAUUCUCCUACUAUGGAACAACUGCGGUUUUCGUCAACUUCAUUCAGCGUCCUCUUCCGGCCGGAUCUACCACUGGUGCUUUGGUCCCCGGGUCCGACUUCAGCAAUGGUGUGCCAGGUGCCUUGGGAAUGGGCCAACAGGCCUCUACUGGAUUGACAUUGUUCAACUCUUUCUGGUCUUAUAUCAUGCCUCUAUUCGGUGCUAUGGUUGCUGAUCAGUACUGGGGUCGUUUCCGCACCAUCUUUGCCUCCAUUGGUUGUGCUUUGGUCGGCCACACUAUUCUCAUCAUCUCCGCCAUUCCUCCAGUCAUUGCUAGCCCUAACGGCUCCAUUGCAUGCUUCUCUAUCGGUUUGAUCAUCAUGGGUGUUGGUACCGGUGGUUUCAAGUCCAACAUUUCCCCUCUGAUUGCGGAGCAGUACCGUGAAGAGAAGCCCUAUAUCCAGACAUUGCCCAGUGGAGAGCGUAUCAUUGUCGACCCAGCUGCCACAGUGGCCCGUAUCUAUCUUUACUUCUACAUGAUGAUCAACAUCGGUUCGCUCGUUGGUCAAAUUUCAAUGGUCUACGCGGAACGUUAUGUCGGCUUCUGGCUGUCUUACCUCUUGCCCACUGCCAUGUUCUGUAUCUGCCCCACCAUUCUGUUCUUCUGCCGCAAGAAGUACUACCUUGUGGAGCCAACCGGCAGCGUUUACACCAAGGCAUUCAAGCUGUGGAAGUUGGCCAUGCAGGGCCGCUGGUCUCUCAACCCCGUGCGACUGUUCAAGAAGAGUGGUCCUAGUGACUUCUGGUCCCGUGUGAAGCCCAGCCACCUUGGCGCCAACAAGCCAGCCUGGAUGGACUUUGACGACGAAUGGGUUGACGAAGUUCGCCGUGGACUUUUGGCUUGCAAGGUGUUCCUCUGGUACCCUCUUUACUGGCUGGCAUAUAACCAGAUGCUUAACAACUUGACUUCGCAGGCCGCCACCAUGCGCCUGGGAGGUGUACCCAACGACAUUAUCAACAAUCUUAAUCCCUUUGCACUGAUCAUCUUCAUCCCGAUCUUCGACCGGUUCGUGUACCCUGGUCUGCGUCGAAUGGGCUUCAACUUUACUCCUGUGAAGCGUAUCACUGCCGGUUUCAUUGCCGCCGGUCUCUCCAUGAUUGUCGCCACCGUCACCCAGUACUACGUCUACAAGAUGGGUCCCUGCGGCAAGCAAGCCAACUACUGUCUGGAGGAAGAGGGCAAAUACACCGACAUUUCCGUCUGGAUCCAAGCCUUGACCUAUAUUCUCGGUGGUAUCUCUGAGAUCUUCGCCUCGGUGACCUCGCUCGAGUACGCCUUCACCAAGGCUCCCCGCAACAUGCGAUCUCUGGUGCAGGCUGUGGCCCUGGUGAUGAACGCCUUCUCCUCUGCUAUCGGUCAAGCCCUCGUCGGACUCUCGGCAGAUCCCCUUCUGGUGUGGAACUAUGCCAUCGUGGCGAUUCUGGCAUUCGUUGGAGCUGCCGGCUUCUGGCUGAGCAACUACAAGACCGAUCGGGAGGAGGAUUCCCUAAAUAUGUUGCCUAACAGUAAUUAUGAGGGACGUCACGAGAGAGAUGAGGAGGUUAAAUGA